AUGGCAGCGAGGCAGCUCGAGGAGAAGCUGACCUGCGCCAUCUGCCUGGGGCUCUACCGCGACCCGGCCACGCUGCCCUGCGGCCACAAUUUCUGCGGGGCCUGCAUCGGGGACUGGCUGCCCACGGGAGGCAGAAGUGGGGCCGGGAAUCCCGGGGGCGCGGCGCGCUGCCCGCUGUGCCAGGAGCCCUUCCCCGACGGCCUGCAGCUUCGCAAGAACCACACGCUGUCCGAGCUGCUGCAGCUCCGCCAGGGCCCGGGCCCCGGCAAGGGCCCGGGCCCCGAACCCUCGGCGCCCAGCGCGCCGCCCAGCGCCCCCGAGCCUUCGGCUCCCUGCGCCCCGGAGCCGUGGCCAACCCCGGAAGAGCCGGUGCGCUGCGACGCGUGCCCCGAGGGCGCCGCCCUGCCGGCCGCGCUCUCUUGCCUCUCCUGCCUCGCCUCCUUUUGCUCUGCGCACCUGGGCCCGCACGAGCGCAGCCCCGCGCUCCGUGGACACCGCCUGGUGCCGCCGCUGCGCCGGCUCGAGGAGAGCCUGUGCCCGCGCCACCUGCGGCCCCUUGAGCGCUACUGCCGCGCCGAGCGCGUGUGCCUGUGCGAGGCCUGCGCCGCCCAGGAGCACCGCGGACACGAGCUGGUGACGCUGGAUCAGGAGCGCGCGCUCCAGGAGGCGGAGCAGCCCAAAGUCCUGAGCGCCGUGGAGGACCGCAUGGACGAGCUGGGCGCUGGCAUUGCCCAAUCCCGGCGCACGGUGGCCCUCAUCAAGAGCGCGGCCGUGGCAGAGCGGGAGAGAGUGAGCCGGCUGUUUGCUGAGGCCGCAACCACCCUGCAAAGGUUCCAGACUGAGGUGCUGGGCUUCAUCGAAGAGGGGGAGGCCACCAUGCUGGGCCGUUCCCAGGGUGACCUGAGGCGGCAGGAGGAACAGCGAAGCCGGCUGAGCCAAGCCCGCCACAACCUCAGCCAGGUCCCCGAGGCUGACUCAGUCAGCUACCUGCAGGAGCUCCUGGCACUGCGAUUGGCCCUGGAGGAGGGGUGCGGCCCUGGGCCCGGCCCCCCAAGGGAGCUCAGCUUCACCAAGUCGUCUCAGGCCGUCCGGGCAGUGAGAGAGCUGCUAGCUGCCGCCUGCACCAGCCAGUGGGAGCAGCUGCAAGGCCUGGGCAGUGACGAGGACAGGCUUCAGAAGCUGGGUUCAGAAGCUGAGGCCGACUCCCAGGACCCUGACAGCACUGGCCAGCUGGAGAGUGAGGCUCCCCGGGAUUACUUCCUCAAGUUUGCCUACAUCGUGGACCUGGACAGCGACACCGCGGAUAAAUUCCUGCAGCUGUUUGGAACCAAAGGUGUAAAGAGGGUACUUUGUCCCAUCAACUACCCCGAGUCGCCCACCCGCUUCACCCACUGCGAGCAGGUGCUGGGUGAGGGCGCCCUGGACCGGGGCACCUACUACUGGGAGGUGGAGAUCAUUGAGGGCUGGGUCAGCAUCGGGGUCAUGGCCGAAGACUUCUCCCCGCAAGAGUCCUACGACCGGGGCCGGCUGGGCCGCAAUGCCCACUCCUGCUGCCUGCAGUGGAACGGCCGCAGCUUCUCCGUCUGGUUCCAUGGGCUUGAGGCGCCCCUGUCGCACCCCUUCUCACCCACGGUGGGUAUCUGCCUGGAAUACGCUGACCGUGCCCUGGCCUUCUAUGCCGUUCGGGAUGGCAAGAUGAGCCUUCUGCGGAGGCUGAAGGCCUCCAGGCUUCGCCGGAGUGGCAUCCCCACCUCGCCCAGCGACCCCUUCCAGAGCCGCCUGGACAGCCACUUCACGGAGCUCUUCACCCACAGGCUCAAGCCUGCCUUCUUCCUGGAGAGCGUGGAUGCCCAUUUGCAGAUCGGGCCCCUCAAGAAGUCCUGCAUAUCCGUGCUGAAGAGGAGGUGA